AUGGUCCCAUUACUAAUGUUUGCUUUGCCAAAGUUUCGGGCAAUUGCAAAGAAUCUGGAGUGGCAGCGUCAUAAAAGGCAUGGUAUGAAACGCAAGUACUUUGUGGACCAGAACGACUUUGACUUGGCGCGCGAUCUGGUUGAAGUACUUGACUUAUUCCAUGAAAUAACGUUGCACAUCUCUACAGCCGGGUCAACUCAAAUAUCAAAUGUUGUUGUCUUCAUCGAUCAAAUCACUGAUCAUCUUUCAACUGCAAUUAUCAACCCCAAUUAUCCUCCAGCAUUGAGGAAUGCCUGCCGAUCUGGAUUGAAGAUUACCAACAAGUAUUAUAGCCUGACCAAUGCCUCCGCUCUUUACCGAAUUGCAAUAUUGCUUCACCCAUCCUUUAGGGAUGAGUACUUCAAAUUGGCCAACUGGGAGCCGGAAUGGAUCGCCAAGGCCAUACGACUCGCGCGGGAGAUGUGGAUUACUCAUUACAAGCCGCAAAGUGCAAACACUCCCACUGCUGCACCCAAACCAGGCUCCAAAUCAAGGACGUCAAUGCUUGCUGGUCUGGGAAACGCAGCGGCUGCGCGGGGGAGCCUAAGCUCAUCUGACCCACUCGAUGUGUGGCUUGCCGGUGGACUUAUCCUUGAAGAUGGAAAUCCGGUGAAUCCUUUGCAGUGGUGGAUACAGCAGAAGCGCUCCGGAAACACACAUGGGGGCCUGUUGCACAUGGCACUUUGUCCAGCAACAUCCGUUGAUGUCGAGCAAGCAUUCAGUUUUGGACGCGACUAUGUGACAUUGAAGAGGCACAGGCUUGCUGCUAAAUCUUUAAGCAGGGGGAUGACUGUUGCUUUCUAUUCCAAGAACAAGAUGAUUCCAGAGGGUAUUUUGGCUCGGUGGAAACAUGGAAUCAAUGAAGAUAAUAAGAUGCAGAAGAAGGGUAAGAGAAAAGUUAUAGUAGUUGAUGAAGAUUGA